GCGCUGCUUCUCAUGAGCUCACUCAGUUCUCAGUCACAACACUUCUAACGGAAAGCGCCUCAACCGUCUGCUAAACUUCACUCUUCGAAAUAAUAUAUUACAUUUAUGACUUCCGACUAUAACUUUACCUCAUAUCAGGAUGAAUCUGUUGAAAAUUAUUUGCUCCAACGUUAUUGUCCUCAUUCAUCACUGCAUGGAAAAAGUGGAGAGCAGAACGCUGCUUACACACGAUGACUAUUACCCUGAGUACGUGCCAGAUCGACAGCCAUGGGACGUUGCCCGCAGCCUCUGCCUCCAACGUUCAGGGUCUUUUGUGAUGGUGUCCAGUACUGAAGAGAUUGAAAAGCUGAACAGUUUUCUACGAUCCCUAAAUAUCACCCAACCUGUAUGGAUAGAAAGUGCAGGCAUGUUACAAAAAACUGGUCCUCCAGACAUAUACAUGCUGGAAUUUCCAAUGCGUCCGCACCGGAAAUCAGCUCGCCUCCGCCACAAGUUCCCUAACAUGGAAGCGCUUACGGUUUGCGCUCACCUCCAGCUUGAUCCCACUUCCCACGGACUUUCCACUGUCUUCUCGUACGCCAUUCAGUCGUUCAUUAAAGAAUUCCAACUCCAAGCACAAAUCACCGGGAACGAACCAGUUCACCUUGCAUUGCUGGUGCAUGGUUCAAACACCUCCUACAUAACUGGCUUUCCCAACGAUGCCUCCUGGCACUUUGUAUGCGCCAGUUGGGACGGGAAUACCGGGAAGUGGGUCAUCUGGGUGGAUGGAGCGGUUGUGGGUUCUGGGAAUUCCCUCAACUCAACCAGUCAAAUCGGAGGCGAUGGCCUUUUCAUGAUUGGACAAGACCAGGAGACCUACGGGGGCUACAACAACGACAAGGCGCUUUGUGGGAACGUUACGCAGCUGUACAUGUGGGAUCGUUUCUUGGUCGACUCUGAAAUCCAAAGCAUGGAAAAACUUUGCUCAGCCGUCCCUUUUGGUUUGUUCUUCAAGUGGAAUGAGUCCGCGCUGGAAAUAGAGACGUCCCUGCAGACACGUAGAGGGACCUCGCCAUGUCAAGGUUCCAAAAUCCAACCACAAGACCAGCUGGUCAUCUCUGGGUUGGAUCCAAGUCUGCAUCACAAUCUUUCCAUCAUUUCUCCCAAGACCUGUGUAGCCUUUGAUCCUGCAAGUGGAAAACCCAUUAAUAACUUAUGUACUACACACAGAGGAAGUGUUUGCCUGUUCCCAAAAGAGCAGCUGGACUUUGGUUUUCCUGGAACCUCGUUCUUCUCACAAGUCAGCAAUGAGAUUCAUUCCAAACCUGAUACAAAUGUAACCUUGUUCCCUGAGAAUGAUCUGACUCGUCAUGUUUCCCUCUUGAGUGCCAUAUUGAGAGUUAUGGACCGCGAAGCAGACAUCCUCACACAUUCUGAUCUUCUGUACCUCACAGAAACCAUCGAUAAGGCCACUCAACUCAAUAAAAUAGUUGUUUCCACUGAUGUCUUCAUAUCUAUGAUCCGCAAUUGCUUGGAACUAGUCAGUGGGCUCAUCAACCCUGACAUGGCCGAACAAUGGGAGGAUUUGGUAGCACAUGGGAAUUACCCUGGACCGCUGACAAUGGUGGAGAACAUUGACAAGCUGCUGUGUAUGCUGGCGGAUGUUCUCUGGACCGAGCGCAAAAGCUUCACAAUGUCAACAAAGAACAUGGAUAUUCAUCUAGAGCCGCGGAGGCUGACGCCAAUGAGCUGCGGUUGUGUGUUCAAGCCCUCAGGUCACGGCGUACAGUUCGGCAGCCUUGAUGAGAUCCUCAUACCAGAGUCAGAAAUGCAGCGAGUCUUUUCUCUGGGCCACAAGGAAGUGAUGAUUAUUCAUACCUACUACAGUAACCUGUUAGAGAUGUUGUCCAGACUAGAGGUGAAAACCCAUUCUGACCAACAGGCAGACAAGAGGCAUCACACUGGUCAGCUGGCCACAGCAGUAAUCUCAGCAACAGUUCGAGAUGUUUCCAGGGCAGAAAAUAUUCCUGUAUCUGUCCAGUACACCCUAUCCUCUGGGAUUAUGGCAGAGCAUUCCAAACAAGUCACUCCCGUCUGCGUCUUCUGGAAUAUCAUGGAGGGUCAUACAAGUGCUUGGUCCAGUAAAGGGUGCAGAGUACUGCCUUCUCCUCCUGAUGUCACUUCCUGCUUCUGCAACCACACCACCAAUUUUGCUGUCCUCAUGAAUUAUAUGGAGCACAGGUGGAGUGCUAAAGAGGAGAGCAUUCUGACAAAGCUGACGUUUAUCGGAUCCGGAGCGUCUCUCUGCGCACUGGUGGUGACCUUGAUGCUGUUUACCGUGUUAGACAUCCCGAAAUCAGAUCGGACAUCAGUUCACAAAAAUCUUUUUGUUUCUCUGACUUGUGCUCAAAUUGUCCUUCUCUGCAGUGGUUCUGCUGUUCAUAAUAAGGUGGCCUGCACGCUUGUGGCAGCUCUGAUGCAUUUGUUCUUCAUGGCAGCGUUCAGCUGGAUGCUGGUGGAGGGCCUGCUGCUCUGGAGCAAAGUAGUGAGCGUUAAUUUGAGCGAGGACCGACACAUGAAAUACUACUACCUGAUUGGCUGGGGUCUGCCUGUGCUGAUCGUUGCCAUCACACUGGCCUCUGCUGCUGGGAAUUACUCAGCGGACGGCCACUGCUGGCUCAGUGUUCAGAACGGCGUCAUAUGGGGCUUUGCAGGACCAGUCAUCUUCAUUAUUAUGGUGAAUAUCAUGAUUCUGACCCGUGUGGUCGUGAUCACCAUCACCACAGCCAAGAGGAGAUCUUUGAUGAUGACUCUGAACACCAGCCCAGAAGAGCAGGUCUCCGAGCAGAUAAGGGCAGCAGUGAAAGCUGUGCUGGUCCUGCUGCCGAUCCUGGGCCUGACGUGGCUCUGUGGUGUCCUGGUGCCGUUCUCCGUGAUUAUCGCGUACGUCUUCAGCCUCCUGAACUCGCUGCAGGGCCUCUUCAUCUUCCUGAUAUAUGGAGUGUACAACACUGAGGUUCGAAACACAGUCAACAGAAUCAAAGAAAGAAGAAAAGCCUUAAAUUUCUCUAACUGUGCCAGUUCCAGGCCCUCCAGUUCAGUGGGCAGUUCUCGGCCAGGCAGCUCUCCAGUACCAGGUGUUUUGGACGGGCAAACAGUCACCUACUCCAGCAGCUCAUCAACCCACAGCGACAACAUCACCCAGAGUUACGACAAAACAAGGCAUCUGUCCCUCCCCUGUGUCCACGACAACUUAAAUGAAGACCUGCGAUGUCCUGACACUGGUGUCCACCUCUCUGGACAGGAGAACUUAAGAAAACCUAAAGACAGACUUCCAAGCGAAUGCAGUCUGAACGUACCCAUGGAGGCCGAACGGACGUCCCGCUAUUCACCUCCUCAGCAGAACAGCGACAUGUGUCUUCAUUGAAACAAUUCGUCACGUCUCGUGUUUUGGUAAAGUGCAGAUAGUGUGUAAAUGAUAUCCUUAAAGGGAUAGUUGACCCAAAAAUUUAAAUUCCCUCGACUUUUUCUGCUUUUAUUUCGUUCUGCUUCUGUUUGCUUUUGUUUGUUUUUGUUUUGUUUUCCUUUCUGUUCCUCUGCUUUUGUUUACACUGUAAAAAGUGAUAA